AUGGUUGAACGACUCGGUCCACCGGACAACAAUCCCAAUGGCUUAAGCCUUUUCAUCGACGACAUCUACAGACUGCGAGUGCAGGAUCCAAGCAUUGCCAAUCAGACGGUGGAGCUGCGUCAGGAGUGUUUGGAGUACUCGAGGAAUUUGCAGUUGUUCAAGAAACUCGGAGAAGACUUUUACAAAAUAUCAAAUACCUUCGCAAAGGAUGUUGAAAAGGAAAAACUACGCGCUAUUGGCACACAAAAUCAAUUGAAAACCAUGUCCAAGCAGCGACAAGCGGAACAGCAGGUCUAUCAGAGUCAAAUCCUCGAACAAAGUGUCGAAUUGGAGCGGCUGAAGAGCGAAUAUCAAUAUUUACAACGCAUCGAGUCAGAGCAACAAGAGAUAAUCAAUAACUUUUUAGUUAAUCAAUAAA